AUGUCGAGUCCACUUCCAGUGAACGCAAAAAGAGGAUCUAGAGACUCACCUGAUAACGCAUCGUCCCAUAUCAAUGAAAAUGUACUGGCUGGAUCCUUUGACAGAGCUGAAUCUACUGCAAGAUUGAGCUCCUCUCCCAUGCCUUCCCACCAUCAUUUCGGUACUUCGCCUGCUCGUAACACUCACUCCAACUCCCACUAUGGCACAAAUAACAGUGAUUUCCUCUCUGUCAACAGACCUCAUUCACCCUUUGGCGAUAAUCACUCGGUCGAUAUGCCUGAUGAAGAAGUCGCUAAAGCCGUCAAACGCCAUUUGGUUUCCACUUCUCCUUCUGGCUCUCUUUCCUCUCACAACCAAUACCUCAAUGCUUCCUCGCCCUCUCGUCGUAGUGUUGCUAGUCGUCAUAGUCACCGUGGGAGAGAAGACAACAGCGACAAUGAAGACGAGGACCUUAUUUCAAAUGUCCACCAAUUGCCUGGAGGUGCUAUUACGCAUGACAUCUAUAAAUGGACUGAAGAUCAAGAACGUAAAGCCAAAAUGAAGCGAUCCAAGUCUGUGAUGGUUGCACGCCACGAACCUUCUGAUCCUGCUUUGGUAAACCUUAAAGAUCCAGGAGGAUUCAGACGCCAUUAUGUCAUUGAUCGUGCUGUCAAGAAGGGAAAAAAACCACCUGGCUGGAUCACACAUUCUUUUGUAGACUUCUUGGCCAUGUACGGUCAUUUUGGUGGCGAAGAUUUGAGUGAUGAUGAAGGCAUGAGUAGUGAUGAUGAAGAAGAUUUGGCCGAGGGAUCUGAUGAACGCACUGCUUUGCUUCGUCAAGCAAGAGCAAAUGCUGUGGAGGGCACUGCUUCUCCAACUAAAGCUGUGUUUUUGUUGCUGAAAUCGUUCAUUGGCACAGGUGUCAUGUUUUUACCCAAGGCCUUCUACAACGGUGGUUUGCUCUUCUCCACACUCUUUUUGACGUUCAUUGCCAGCAUUUCUCUCUACUGUUUCUUGCUGCUCGUCAAGACGAGAUCCGUUGUGCCUGCCUCGUUUGCUGAUAUCGGCGGUGUGUUGUUUGGUAAGCAUAUGAGAAUGCUGGUCCUUGUUGCCAUUACCACAUCUCAGAUCGGUUUUGUGUGUGCCUACAUGGUCUUUGUCGCACAGAGUCUACAAGCCUUGGUUGAAGCCAUCUCGCACUGUGAAACCGAUAUUCCUUUGUAUUACCUGAUUUUGGUCCAGAUUGCCAUCUUUGUGCCAUUGGCUAUGAUAAGAAAGAUCCAAAAACUGUCUGUUUUCGCAUUGAUUGCCGAUGCCUUUAUUCUGAUCGGCUUGGUUUAUUUGUAUUACUAUGAUUUCCUCAUGCUGGCUGUGGAAGGUAUCGGCAAGGUAGAAUGGUUUGUGAAUACAUCCUCGUUCCCCAUGUUCAUUGGUACCGCUGUGUUCACCUUUGAAGGCGUUGGUUUGAUCAUCCCCAUCACUGAAUCCAUGAAGGAACCUAAAAAGUUCCCCAAGGUCCUGUCCUGGACCAUGCUGUUCAUCACAUUACUCUUCAUCUCCAUCGGUCUCCUCUCUUACCUUGCCUUUGGUGAUAAGGUUCAAACUGUCAUCUUGCUCAACUUGCCUGUCUCGCCCCUUGUCAACACCAUCCAAGGCUUGUACGCUAUGGGCAUCUGCUUGUCGAUUCCAUUGCAACUCUUCCCUGCCAUUCGUAUCAUUGAAACUGGCCUCUUCUCCAAAUCUGGCAAGCACAAUCCCAUCAUCAAGUGGCAAAAGAACAUGUUUCGAUUUGCUGGUGUCUUGUUCAGCGCCUUGGUUGCCAUCCUGGGUUCCACCGAUCUGGAUAAGUUUGUCUCUUUGAUCGGUUCCCUGUUCUGUAUUCCUCUUUGCUUCUUGUUCCCUCCUCUUUUCCACUUGAAGGCCUGUGCCAAGGACUGGAAACACAAGACCAUUGAUAUCUCCAUCAUUACCUUUGGUACUAUCUGUAUGCUCUACACUACUUAUAUCACCAUCGGUCUCUGGACGCAUGAAGGAGAGCCAGCUGCUCCCAUUUCUCGUUGUACUCCUCACAACUAA